AUGAGUCGCCCGGCAAAACGCCAGCGAAUGGAGGAGCCUGAGGCCCAAACACCAGAGUCACUGCAGCGUUCUAUAACCCCCCCUAGAAAGAAAGACAGAAAAUCAACUGUCGUGAAGUCCCCAUGGCAAUUGACCUGGAUCCGUGACCUCCCAGAGGACGACAAUCAAGAUGCCGUGACUCUUAAGGACCUCCUCAGCGAUCCUCUCAUUUCAGAGUGUUGGGAGUUCAACUUCCUGCACGAUAUCCCGUUUCUCAUGGACUCUUUCGACCCCGACACACGCCACCUCGUCAAGGUACAUCUAGUGCACGGCUUCUGGAAACGUGAAGAUGUGAAUAGGAUAGCGUUAGAGACCGCAGCAUCGGAAUUUGAAAAUGUCAAAAUCCAUAUUGCCCCUAUGCCAGAAAUGUUCGGAACACAUCACUCGAAAAUGAUGAUUCUGUUCAGACAUGAUGAAACUGCUCAAGUCAUCAUCCAUACUGCCAACAUGAUUCCAAAAGAUUGGACCAACAUGACCAACGGUGUUUGGAAAUCACCCUUACUCCCCAAACUGUCAGGUGCACAAAACGUUCAAGCUUCACCGGAAGAUCAGUCUGUUGGAAGCGGACAACGCUUCAAAAUCGAUCUUCUCAACUACUUAAAGGCCUAUGAUAGGCGUAAGAUCAUCUGCAAACCACUAACUGAUAAGCUUACACAACAUGACUUCUCAAGUAUCAAAGCUGCACUAGUUGCGAGUGUGCCGGGAAAGCACGACUCCCGGGAUAUGUCAGAAACUUCCUGGGGCUGGGCGGCUCUGAAAAGGUGUCUGCAGCAUGUACCAUGCCAAGAUCACGGUGACUCAGAUAUUGUGGUACAGGUUUCUUCUAUUGCUACGCUGGGUGCAAAGGAUGAUUGGUUACAAAAGACUCUUUUUGAGCCUUUGACUCGUUCUAAAAACACAGGCCUCGGCCGGCCUAGGUUUAAGGUUGUCUUUCCUACCGCUGAUGAGAUCCGGAAAUCUCUAGACGGAUAUGCGUCCGGGGGUUCCAUACAUACCAAAAUCCAGUCAUCACAGCAGGCAAAACAAUUGGAGUAUCUUCGCCCAAUUUUCCAUCAUUGGGCCAAUGACUCACCCCGCGGUGCUAAACUUCCCGAAGACACCCCUUUGCGAGAAAGUGGCCGCAAAAGGGCAGCACCGCAUAUCAAGACGUACAUUCGGUCAAACAAAUCGUCUAUAGACUGGGGUCUUUUGACGUCAGCCAAUAUUUCAAAACAAGCUUGGGGUGAAGCAGCCAGACCAACAGGCGAAAUUCGUAUUGCAUCAUGGGAGAUUGGUGUCUUGGUAUGGCCAGAGUUGAUAGAACAAGACUCUAUCAUGAUAGGCACUUUCAAGACCGACAUGCCGGAAAAUACACAAAGUACGGGCGAGAAGGAUGCAUGCAAAUCAAUAGUUGGGUUGCGAAUGCCGUACAACACUCCACUACAACGUUACGCAAGCGAAGAGAUACCAUGGGUUGCGUCAAUGUCCCAUACAGAGCCUGACUGGGCGGGCCAGACUUGGAUUCAAUGA